AUGGUAUCAGCUCCAGUGUACGACAAAUCAGAUCCCAAAUCUGCUGAAAAAUUAUAUCCAUUCCAUUUACCUCUUUCUCCAGAAUGGUCAGAACAUAAAGAUCCUUAUGGUCAAACAGCAAUGACUGCCGCUGGUGCAGGCAUGUUCAUCAAACAACCCUUAAUCGUUUGGGGAGCUUUCAUCUUAUCGGUCAUUUCAUUCGUCAAUCAACAACCUUUGAGACAGGGUAAAGAUGCUACUUCACCUUUAUUGGUAUUAGGUAUGGCUUUUGCAGGUGUUAUGGCCAAUAUAAUGCCCAAAAUGAUGCUUCCACCUGCCGGUCAAACACCUCUUCCUGCAUGA